AUGGAGAUCCUGGACGAGUUUGACAACGAGUGCCCGCUCAUCAUCUCCUUCUGCGAGCGGAUCUCCCCCCAGGACUUUGACAGCCAGGCUGUGAGCUACACCCAGAAAUCCCUGCAGGACCUUUUCACCCAGAUGGAACAGAACCCGGGAAUCUGCGAGCGGGUGGUGAGGAAGAGGAAGCAAGCUGAGAAUGAGGGAGCCAGCUUGGCCCAAUAUUUGAAGGCCAAGUUCUUUUCCAUGCUUCAGGGAGACGUGAACAACAGCAACUCACUGGGGGAAAUAGAAAUGGAGGAAAAGGUGGAGCAACUGAAACGUGAGAUGGAGAAGGUCAAUGACUACGCUCGUGCUGCCCAGAGUGCUUCCUGGAGGUCGUCGGCAAUGAGGCCAUCAGAGAUGAGGCCCAAGAAGGCUAUUCCAUCGGGGGGAUUCAGCCCCAGCCAGACCAAGCUUCUGGACUCGAGUGUUCUCUCCAUGCCAAAGGUCUUUGGUUCCUUCCCAAAGCAGAUGGAGAGAUCGAUGGGAUCCAGCGUGGACUUGAAGCAACUCUGGGCCGGCAUGUCAUCUGUCAAUCAAAAGAGCAUGGUUGACCUGCGCCCUAUGAUGCUGAACCCCGGCGGUUUCCGCCCUUCAUUCCUGGGGAGCACCCCUGUCAGCAGGCUGAAAUACACCAGUUUCCCAAGGUACAGGAACCCUUCUGAGAUCUGGCAUGACUGACACCUUUUGUUCUCACGGGGAAAAUACACACUCGCGCAAGAGGGGGGCAUUUCAUUCCAGGGAAGGGGCUGGAAAAUGGGCCAGAGGUUUCCUGGAGGCAAACCUCCAUGGUUCCCCACGAGGCCUGAACAUGUGGCUCUCCAGAAGUUCGUAGAAUCAUAGAACUGUAGAGUUAGAAGGCACCCUAAGGUCAUCCAAUCCAGCCCCCUGCAAUGCAGGAAUCACAGCUAAAAAGCCCCUCUCCCAUGGCCAAUCUAUGCAAGAGAGAGAAUUUUGCCCUCUUCAAUCUCUUGCAUGCUACAUUUGGUUUCAUCGCAUGGAAAGGCACCCCCCCCCCCAGUUUAACAUCACUGUUCAAAAUUGCGGCCACUUCACCAAAAAAUAAUUUUUAAAAAAGAUAGGAAGCUUUAAACAAAACGGAGCUGAGCAGUUCUGUCCUGUUUCCACUUGCUAUUUUUAUUUAAUCCCCUCCACUUGGGUUUAUUUAAACCAAGGACUUGUAUAUUAACCACUAAUAAUGAAUCAUAUGUUGUAGAUAUUAUUGCAAAUUUAUUAUGCUGUUUUUGCAAUGUACAAAUGACGUUAAGAAAAAUAAUUGUGGCCACUUUCUGCAAACAAUCUUCAGACAUCAAGUUUGUACUCGGGCAUAGCUGUCAAGUUCUCCCUUUUUUAAAGGGAAAUUCCCUUACGCUGAAUAGGCUUCCUCGCGAGAAAAGGGAAAACUUGACAGCUAUGCACUCGGGUCCUGCUGGUGGGCUCUCCUUGGGGGCACCUGGUUGGCCACUGUGGGAACAGGAUGCUGGACCAGAUGGGCCACUGCCCUACCGCAGCAGCUGGGUUCUCCUUAUGCUCUCGUGGAACCUCCAGGUCUAGGGGCAGUCUAUCCUGAAUUCCUGGGGGGCAUUUGGUCCCUCCGAGAGCAGGAGGCUGGACUAAGACAGGCCAUUGGCCUGAUGCAGCGGGUCUAUCCUUAUGUCCUUUAUGCUGUUUAGUUUUCUUUGCUAAACAUCCACC